GGCCGUACAGGGACCCCAUGAGAGACUCUGGACCUGGCAGCAGCAGCAUGAGGAGGCGGGUACAGGGGCCCAUGGCAGAUUACGGGCCUGGCAGCAGCAAUGGGAGGCCCGUAAUCUGCCAGCACCCUAUGACAAAAAAUGGAACACACCAGCAGUGUGUGAGGAGACCUGAAAGUGGCACAUGGCAGAGUGUGGCAGAGCAAUGGGAGACAGCAGCAAUGGGGGCCCCCCUGGCACGCAGCAUGUAGGAGGGUCGGUACAGGGGGCCCAUGGCAGAUUACGGGCCUGGCAGCAGCAAUGGGAGGCCGUAAUCUGCCAGCACCCUAUGACAAAAAAAAAUGGAACACACCAGCAGUGUGUGAGGAGACCUGAAAGUGGCACAU